ACAAUAUACAGUUUUAUAAAUACAGCAACAUGUGAAACUCGUAAACAAUAUUUAUUAAAAAAAAUAUGCAAAUGUGCAUGCAAAAUGUUUCUAAAUACGUAACUGGAACAACAACAACAAGAGGAACCAACAAACCAUUUAACAGUACAAAUGCAGAAAGCUCAAGCUCAACUCUAAGCACCGUAAUAAUAAUAGCAACUACUAAGUGGCAACAACGCCACCCACUAAAAACCCCAAACCUACCAAAAGCAAAAUAAAAGCAAAGUAAACAAACAAAUAAACAAACAAACAAACAAGCCAACAACAGUAAGAAGAAGAAGAAGAACGACUUUGAAAUAUACAAAGAGCAAACGCCGCCAAGCGAGAGUCAAAGUCAAAGCCAAAGCCAAAGCUCAGCCAACAAUAAGAACAGCAAAAAAAAAGCUUCACAAACACACAGAACGAGCAGAGAACGUAAUAGAAACAAUAAUAUAAAUAAUAUAAUAUACAAAUAUAAGCAGAGGCGCCUCAUGCUGCAACCAAAUACGAUAUUACUCUGAAAAGACCCAUCUCUCUCUCUCUCUCUCUCUCUCUCUCUCACUCUCUCUCUAUCUCCUGCAAAUUCAAAAUGAGUAGUCUGGACGCCUAUAAGCCGUCAAAGCGUAGCAGCUCCAGCCAAGGCAGCGAUGCGGCCGCUUCUGACGUUGAAGAUCUCAAAACAGACAUUCCUCCAUACUUUGAUGAGACAGCAACGUCACAGCAGCAGCAGCAGCAGCAACUACAACACCAGCAGCAGCAGCAGCAGCAGCAACACAUUGCCUGGUCACCCAAUACAGAUGUGGAUGCCGGCGCGGAUGCUGCGGAAGUGGAGCUGGACGAUAGCUAUGCGGACUCUGCGUAUGGCGCCAGUGGCAGCGGCAGCGCCGCCAAUAGUUACUAUCAAUCACCGACGCCCUCCAAUAGCGACAUCAUGUUGCGCCCGCCCUCCAACACAAGCUUUCACUAUGGUUAUCCCUCGCCCGGCGCCAGCAGCAGCUCGGUGGCAGCGCUGAGUCCAUCGCCGGGCAGUUCAGGACCUGGGCCGGGUCUGGGUCCAGGUCCAGGUCCAGGCGGCGCUCGCCUGCAUGCAGCCUACACACAUUCCCAGACGACGCCAGUGCCGUGCUUCUAUCCCAACAUGUGGUAUCCAAAUGCAUCGUAUGGCAACGCUGGCUAUGCGCGAUAUGGCAACUUUGGACAAGCAGCCGUCGCAGCAGCAGGAGCAGGCAGCUCAGCUGGCUAUAGCCACAUGUUGCCACAUGGCCAACACCAUACGCAUCCGCAUCCGCAUCAUCAUCAUGGACACCAUCCGCAUCAUGCGGCACAUCCGGGGCUGCAUACGCAUCCGCAUGAGACAAUGAUGGAAAUGUUUCAGCUCUCAAAUAGUGGUCGCGAGGCGCGCAAUCGUGCGGAAAAGAAUCGACGCGAUAAGCUAAAUGGCUCCAUACAGGAGCUGUCCACAAUGGUGCCACAUGUGGCAGAGUCGCCGCGACGCGUGGAUAAGACGGCGGUCCUGCGGUUUGCUGCCCAUGGACUGCGACUCAAUCAUGUCUUUGGUCGCUCGCUGCACGAGGAACGUCCCGAGGUGAUCGACACGCUGAUGAACAUGAUGGAUAGCUUCUUUCUUGUGCUCACCUGUCACGGCCAGAUCCUGCUAAUCUCCACGAGCAUUGAGCAGCAUCUGGGCCAUUGCCAAUCGGAUCUGUAUGGCCAGAGCAUAUUGCAGAUAACGCAUCCCGAAGAUCAUGAAAUGCUCAAGCAACAGCUUAUACCCACCGAGCUGGAAAAUCUCUUCGAUGCCCAUGCGGAGUCAACCGAUGGCGAGGGCAGCGAGCAGCAGCGACAGCAGCAGCAGCAACGCGCCAAGUCCGAAGAGGAUUAUAUAGAUCGCAAGUUGCGCGAUGAUAAGCGCAGCUUUCGAGUGCGCUUGGCGCGCGCUGGGCCACGCUCCGAGCCCACCGCCUACGAGGUGGUCAAGAUCGAUGGCUGCUUCCGGCGCAGCGACGAGGCGCCGCGUGGUGUGCGCUCCAAUACCUUCAGCUCCAGCCUGCAGCUGAUUCGACGCACGCGCGGACGCGACGACGCCAUACCGCUGCACACGAUAAGCGGCAAUGAUAUUGUGCUGACCGGUGUGGCGCGCAUUAUCCGGCCACCAAAGAUUGUGAACCGUCUGGUGGACGCCAACCGCUUGGAGUAUCGCACACGGCAUCUGAUCGAUGGCCGAAUCAUUGACUGUGAUCAGCGCAUUGGCCUUGUCGCCGGCUAUAUGACGGAUGAGGUCCGCAAUCUGAGUCCCUUCACCUUCAUGCACAACGACGAUGUGCGUUGGGUCAUUGUCGCACUGCGUCAAAUGUACGACUGCAACAGCUCGUAUGGAGAGUCGACGUAUCGCCUGUUCACGCGCAAUGGCAACAUCAUCUAUCUGCAGUCGAAGGGCUUUCUGGAGAUUGACAAGGAGACAAACAAGGUGCAUUCAUUUGUCUGCGUCAAUACGCUGCUGGACGAUGAGGAGGGCAGGCGACGAGUGCAGGAAAUGAAAAAGAAAUUCUCUGUGAUUAUCAAGACACGCAUACCGCAGUCGACGGUGGAUGUGCCCGCCUCGGAGCAUCCGGCGCAGCUGGAGAAGGCUGUGCUCUGUCUCAUACAGAAUCUGCAGCAUAGCGGCAAUGGCUCAGAUACGGAUCAGCAGGGCGACGAUGACGAUGACGAUGGUGAUGAGGACGAUGAUGAGUUCGAUGAUAGCAGCGUCAGCGGUGCAGCGGACUAUCAGCAGCUGGCGGGGGCUGGGGCGGGGACGGGCGCGAGAGCGUUGGAGCAGCAGCAGCAGCAGCAGCAACAACAUUCGCAUCAUGGACAUGGACAACACAGCUUUAUGGAGAGUCCAAUGUCGCAGGCACGGCUCAGCGCUGGUCAUGGCAUGAGCAGUUCCAAGACGCCGCCACUGGCGCUGGUGCCACCCAAAACGGACACCGUCAAAUCCUCCAUAUCGCGCAGCGUUAGCGUCGUCAAUGUCACCGCGGCCAAGCGUCUGCGCCAAUUGCAGGCAACAUCCACAGCAGCAGCAGCAGCAGCGGCAGCUGCAACGGCAGCGACAUCGGCAGCUACAAAUCUAAAGUCACCUAGUGGCGGCGACAGCUGCAGCUGCCUCAGCCCCGGCGACAUGGACUGCGACUAUUGUCAGAGUCCGCUUACACCGGAGUUGGUCAUGAGCAGCAGCAGCAGCGGCGGCGGCGGCGGCUUUGGCGGCUGUAACGUGUCCUUGAAGCGCAGCAGCGCUGCCGACACGCUGGAGGAUGAGCAGGAGCUGAAGCUGCCAAAACGCUUUAUGCCGACCACUGCAGAAAUUCAGCAUGUGCUAAGCAAUUCGCUGGAGCAGAUUGGGCGCAAUCUGAGCCAGCAACUGAAUGUGGCACGCAAUUUACGGGAUCAAGGCAAUCGAUAUGAGCUGCCGCAUGAUGAGCGCAUCGAUGCGCUGAUGGAGGAGCAUCAGGAGCAGAGCAAGCUGUAUGUGAACAUCAAGAGCGAGUACGAGGAGCAGCUGCAGCAUAACAAGGCUAAUACGGCACAACAGCUCAAAACGGAAACGGAAGCUAAGGAAGCAGCUGGCAGCACUGGCGCUGAGCAGCUAUCGCCACGCUAAAGCCAUAUAUACAUAUGUAUAUAGUAGAGCCGACCCAAAUAUUCAAGAUAUUUAUACUGUAACUGAAGGUUUCAGCUGAUGUGAUAAAAUGCGAACAACAAGGCGCAUUAAGCAUGGCCAGCAAAAAGUCCAUAGAAAAGUUCUAGUUAAAGCUGAUCCUAAGCGCAACUUAUGAGUGAGCAUACAAAACAAAACAAAACUAAACAAAAACAAAAACUUAUUUAAAAACAAGUGAAAGAGAUAGCGACAUCUAAAGUAAGAGCGAGAGAGAGCGCAAAGUUGUCCAGCAGCUUUAUAUUUUAACAAUUGUCUUA